UUUCCUUCAAAAUCCACAAAAUUUUCUUUCCUGUUCUCCUUCACAUCCAACGAAUUUUGCACAGUUUUUCUAACAAACUAUCUUGAUCAUCGGCUUGGGAUUUCGAUUUUUUCGGUGCUGAAAUAAGAUGAGGAACGAACACGGAGGAACAAUGUUUGUGGAGGCUGCUGCGCUCCACAACCGUCCCAAGUUCGGCGAUCUCCUCCGGCAGCCCGAUCCUAAUUCCAUCUUUAUUGCGAACAAUCGUUUCGACGAAGAGGAUCGGUAUUCCUACCGUGAAAGCAGUGCCUCCACGAUUAGCCCCAGGUCUUCCCUAUACGCGAGCUCCUCCACAAGCGGCGAGGCUUCUCCAUGUGCCAUGUCGCCUUGGAUCCAGCCUUCACCAUAUAUCAAGUGUCCGUCGAUGGCACCGUCCGGUAUGUUCAAUGAUAGUGUCCGAACUAGGAUGAUUGGAUCAAUUGUAAGGGAGGAAGGUCACGUGUAUUCCUUGGCGGCGUCGGGGGAUUUGUUGUACACAGGUUCCGCUAGCAAGAAUAUCCGCGUGUGGAAGAAUUUAAAGCAGUAUACUGGGUUUAAAUCUCACAGCGGUUUGGUUAAGGCGAUUAUCAUUGCGGGCGACAGGAUUUUCACCGGCCACCAGGAUGGUAAAGUCCGGAUAUGGAAGAUUUCGGAGAAAAACCCAAAACUCCAUAAACGGAUAGGAGCCUUACCGUCUCUCAAAGAUUAUGUCAAAAGCUCUUUUAACCCAAAGAACUACGUCGAAGUUCGUCGGAAUCAGAAUGUUUUACGAAUUAAACACUUCGACGCCGUGUCUUCCCUGAGUUUGAAUGAAGAAUUUGGGUUGUUAUAUUCAGGAUCUUGGGAUAAAACUAUGAAAGUGUGGCGGAUUGCGGACUCGAAAUGCUUGGAAUCGAUCAAUGCUCACGAGGACGCCAUAAACUCCGUCGCAGUAGGGUUCGAUGGGUUGGUGUUUACAGGAUCGGCAGACGGGACCGUUAAGGUCUGGAGGAGAGAGCUGCAGGGUGAUGCAACGAAGCAUUUUCUGGUGCAAGUGUUGUUGAAUCAGGAAAAUGCGGUGACGGCAUUGGCAGUGAACCGGAAACACACCGUGGUGUAUUGUGGGUCAUCAGACGGCCGUGUCAACUUUUGGGAACGCGAGAAACACCUGUCACACGGUGGCGUACUGAGGGGUCACACGAUGGCGGUUCUGUGCCUAUCUACGGCUGGGAAUUUGGUGUUCAGCGGAUCUGCCGAUAAGAACAUAUGCGUAUGGAGUAGAGAUGUGGAUGGGAUCCACACUUGCCUGUUUGUUUUAACGGGCCAUACUGGACCUGUUAAAUGCCUGGCCGUCCAAGAAGAUCGGAAGUUGUCGAGUAAGGGAGAUGAACGGUGGAUUGUGUACAGUGGCAGCCUGGACAAAUCCGUCAAGGUGUGGCACGUGUCUGAUUGUGCUCUCAACUCUAAAGAUGCAAAGCAUGAUAAUGGCUACGUGGGGGGUGAUUAUGAUUAAUUGUAACAAGAUUACAGCAAAGAGACACAGUAAUAGCCUCUUCUCCUCUUCUUCCAGCGCCAAGAUAUAUGGUAGAGUGUCUCCUAUCAUAGAAAUAUAUAUUAACUAGUUAUAUAAUGAGUGGAUAAUAAUCUAACAAAUUGUAUAUAUUAUUACAUAAGAUAUUUAGAACAGUUUAAUAAGAAAUCAAAAAUAGGCGAUGCCAAUGAAAAGACUUGAAGGUCGCUUGGAGUCACAGAAAGUUGGGAGGUGGUCCUUGGAAUUGAUCAGUGGAAGCGGGGCACUGUUCAUAAUGGUGCUUUAUUCCUAGGGCCAACAGCAGUGGUUUGGAGCCUUGGGGUCGAACGUAUUGCGGUCUGGUGGGUGUGGACAGCGCUACGGGUACAUGUGGGAAUGAAGUCGACGAAUGAGACACUGCGACGUUAGUAAGAGUAAGGGUUGAUUUUUUAUUUUUUUGUAUAAAAGCACAAAGGGCUUUGGCUCCUAGAAAUGUUGUAUUAUAAGCAAAUCCCCACCUUAAACAAAAUGGAAAUUUUGGC